UGAAAAUGUGAUUUUUACAUAAUUCGUGUUUUUUUUUGUCAACUUUUACAUAAUUCGUUAUUUAAUGGAUAACCAUAAAUUCAAGUCCGGCUUUUUUUCUUUUACAGUUUCAAACACUAAAUACUACCACAUUAAAAAGCCCUUCGUUAUUCCAAAAGGACGAUGAAGAAGAUUUUUUUUGGAUUAUUAAACAAAGAAAAAAGUAUUAAUAAGAAAGAAGGCAUCAUCAAAACGCCAUCAAAUGAGAACGUUAUUUUCACAGAUGAAGUACGAAGGUACCCAAACAACUUAGACUACCUUUAUGUGUGUAGCAAAGGAAGAAAUGCGGUUAAGGACUUUGAUGGAGUUUCUGAGAAAAUGCACUUGGCGAUCUCAGUUAGUGGGAACGAGGCAUUAGACUCUGUUUUGAAUGACUUCAAAGAGGGUUACUUGACUCUCUCAAGUAAUGAUCGGAACAAGUUACUUCUUGGAUUGGCGAAAGAAUAUUAUGUCGAUGACAUUCAAGUGGAACAACUCAUUGACCAAUAUCUCAUCAGACUACUCGAGAUUUGCCCACGCAAUGAGAUGGAACCGCAUGAUGAUCUCAAUGCAUUAUACUCCAUUGAGCGGAAUCUCAAGUAUACCCUCCGGCCAGACUAUGAUAUUCUCUUCGACAGGCUACACAGAAGUUCCGGAGGAUUCAAGUUUUUGUGCACUCUCCAAGUAGACAUUCUAUCACUGCUCACAAAAGAGAAUGUGCCAUCGUUGCGAGCAUUAGAAUUGCAGCUUAAGGACAGGAUUCGAGGUUAUUGGUUAUCAUGUGGAAUGAGUUGGAGGAGGGAAACAUAAACGUGGGAAGCAUAACAAUGGAUCAUGCAUGAGUGAAAGCCUCAAUUUUGUAGCGUGAUUAUCUUUUGCUUUUUUUUUUUUUGUUACCAUAGCAACCUAAACUCAGUUUAAUUUUCAAAUUGUAUGGUGCUAAGGUAUGAACUUUAAUU